UUUUACAUAGGUGGCUUAAGCAAAGUGCCAAUCAGAGGCAUGUUUGGAAACUGGCAGGUGGCAGGGUGGUGACAUGUUAUAAAAAGGGAAGCCAAUUUUUGGCAGGACACAACAGCUUUGGCAUCUUCAGUGUCAACGUGUCUCUGUGUCACCUUGUGACUUGUACUGUGUCACCAGACUGACAAAUUUGUGUCAAGUUGUGAGUUCUUCUGUGCUGUCAAGCUUAAGUGUCACAGUGUCAGCUAUCACAAACUGCCAAAAAGUGAACUUUGUGUCAACUUUGUGCCACCUGAUGAUGUCAAGUUAUAUAUCCAGCAUGGAGACAAACCUCAACCUGCCAACUGACAGUGAAAUCCAGGCUGUUUUGUCCUUCACGGGCCAGCAUGCAUCACUGUACCACCAAAGUGAUUUGGACCAAGCAAAUGCCAAUCCAACAUACACUGCAGAGAUCCACAGCAUCCACAGUUCCCUUGCCUCAGAAGAUCCAGCCAUUCAAUCUGCCUCUCAGUUACUGCCGGUGUCUACUACAACAAAUCCACUUCCCAGUGGAGAUGAUGGAGAUUAUGCCACAUUAAGGGACGUUCUUCAGGAAGAAAUCAGCUCCUCCCAAGUGCCAUUAAGCCUGCUCAGCGGUGUCGCCAAACAACCCAAAGUUCCCAUCAGUGUGCGAGCGUCAUUCUUGGAUCUACUCUUUAUGAGACUACGACUACGUGCAACAAGCCAAGUACAAGAGCUCCAUACCAUGUAUCUUGAUCAGCAAAGGGAGUUGACACAAGAACGCGAGUUAGCACUCUCCUCUGUAAGUGACCAAGAACUGAGAAAGGCCACAGUCUGCCAUUUUGAUGAAAUCGAGUACAGACUCAUGGAUCGUGUUGAAAAAAGCCUCAAACUUCUAGAACAAUAUAUCACGCAAAAUGAGGACAUCAUCAAUCCUAUGGCUAUUGUUCCAUCAGACACAAACUUCGCCAGGAGCUACGAGAAUCCACUUACCCCUGAAUCACCAGUAGGGGGCACUGGUGUUGCUGUCACUUGUUCAUCAAACUUACAACAUCGUUUGAUAGGCAGUGUGACCCCAGUUCAGCCAUCUUUAGCAUGGACCAUUGACACUUCACCCAUCAUGCCAAUGGACAUUUGCUCUACCAAUGCUAAACCCAGCUCUGAUGCCACAACAAAUCCUCCUCUUGCCAACGCUGAGCCAAAUGACACUCCAUCUGCCACACAUGAUAUGGACAAAGCACAAAAGCCUGUGACUUUCAAGAUGCCUCCAAAGCCAAGAACUGCCUGCUACGACUUCCCUCGUAAAGUUCUGUGGGCGUGGUUGGUGAACAAUCAGUAUGAUCUGUGCCCCACGUCAACCGUCACCUCUGAUCUUGCCACCAAGUCUGGCCUCACUAUCACCCAGGUGGAGAAAUGGUUUCGCAACCAGCGACAAAACAUCAGGUUUGAGACCUUCAGGCUGAUAAGGAAUAAACCAACACUAGAUGGCAGCACAACUCCAACUCCCACCACUACCACCGCCACAUGUCCCAAUACAAGCCACAACAGUGACUCAGCUCCCACUAAGAAAAAGAAACAUGAGCGUCGUCCAAUGCCCUACGAGAGUGAAAUGAACCAUUUGUGGAAAUGGUUGAUGAGAAAUGACUGCAACUUGUAUCCCUCUGAAACAGUGAUUGGAGAGAUAAGCAACAAAAUGGACAUGUCUUCUGAGCGCCUGGUGCAGUGGUUCCGAGCUCAGAGGGAGGGUCUUAAGCGCAAAGCUUCUCCAUAUUUGUCAUGAACUGUUGGUUUAAAAUUUAAACAGUUUGUAAACAGUAAAGAUGGUAUGUGUGGCUACAGCAAUUUUCAACUUUUUCCAA